CCACCGACUGAAGCCCUGUUCAGUCGCCCCGAAUUGGCUUCACUCCGGAUUCAUCAAUGAGACUGGAAUGCACACGGCAGCUCAUCAGUGCAGUCGUGUUGGGAAAGGUCACGACGAACGCUUUGGAGCUGCAAGCGUUCCGCCAAGGUUUCAACUUGGAGCUCGCUACCAACGAUGCUUUAGGCGGUGAUUUGCGACAAUUGACUGAGCUAUUCUCAAGACCCGUUGCUGUAUCUGGCGACCGGACCGUUGCUCUGGACCCAGUUGUCAUCAUCAGAACCUUGUACAACCGCACUGUGGAUCAACCCCAGGAUGUCGCACGCAUCAUCUCUUUCGAGUUCACUCUAGGUGGGCUGCCGAAUUCGGAGCGCACCCUUUACGAGCGCAUCUUCAAAUUUCGCCUACUUCGCUGGCUACAUGGACAUGGUCACCCCGAUCACCACCUCGUUCGUGAUACCCUGCUAAUGGACCAUGAAUACGGUGAUCCAACUACCCUUCGUGCGCGACUGCUCCUCCAAGCCGUCACAGAGUGUCAAGAUCUCCCUGUGGAUCCCGGCUGGCGUAUUGAGUUCCGAUUCAAACACGCGCACGUCCGCGACAGCAGGGAGCCUGUCCUUGACCUACACACUUGUGCUGGGUACUGCGUCAUCGAGAUCAAUUCAUGGCUGCGCAACGCACUUCUCGAGGAGUCCGAGUUUGGCGACCCCUCUGCUGUCACGCUCUUCGACUGCUGGCUUCAUGAGCAAGUCCUUCAUAAUCAGAGAGACCAUUCUACUGUUUGAUUGGUACUUCACCCUCUUGCCUUUCUUACCGUCAUUUUUGUCAUUUUUGUUCUGUUCAAAUCUGUUCUGAUCUUUUCUAAUGUUCGUUCUAAUGGGUGUUCUAUCCGUUCUAAUGUUCGUUCUAA